AUGAGAAGAGAUGAUUCUUACACAUACGGCUCCCUUGAAGCAGAUGGCAGUAAUUGCUGCAACAAAGAGUUUGCUGGCAAAGCGGAGACAGAACUGCCCCCACCAGCCAAGAGGGAUCGGAUAUUAGUUCAUCGGGCUGUCUCGCUCUCUGCAAUGGGAAACACCUUGUUACAACAAGGCGACUGGCUUUUGGUGUUGAGUGUCAUCUUGUUAACACAUGCAGCUCAUGGAUGCCCCGACAAAUGCCUGUGCCAUACAGCUUCAAAGACUGCAGACUGCAAGAACAGAGGAUUUACUGAAAUUCCUCCUCGUUUACCUCCUGAAAUUCAGAUACUACAGUUGCAGAAUAACCGUAUCUGGAGAAUCAACCCAAACUCAUUCACUGGAACGCCGCUACUCAAAAUCUUAGACUUGUCUAAUAAUUCUCUCUCAAGUGUGGCACCUGGUGCUUUCCAGAAAUUACGGUAUCUACAGGUGCUGAACUUAACCAGAAAUUUGAUUCAUUAUAUAGAAAACAAGACUUUCAGUUUCCUCCCACACCUAAAAGAACUGGACUUGUCAUCCAACAGCAUUAUACGUUUGCCUGAGACUUUUGGAAACAGCACAGGGAAUAUAACAUUGCUCUCUUUGAAGCAUAACAAACUUCAGAAAAUGGAAAGAGUUCUGCUGGAGUCACUUCCAAAUCUGAAAGUGGUUCUCUUCAAAGAUAAUCCCUGGCAAUGUAAUUGUAACGUCUUUGGUCUGAAACUGUGGCUGGAGAGCUUUCUGUACAGAGGAGGAAUAAGCGAUGGCAUUAUCUGCGCGGCUCCGGGGAUUCGGAAGGGAAAGGACCUGCUCAAAGUUCCCUACGAGCUGUUUGGGGCGUGCCCCCUCAGGACAGCUCACGUCCACCUGGCCAGCACUCACCACCACAGCUGGGAGCACAGGAGCUCCCCGAAGUUCGGCCCCCACGGCGAGCACGGCGAGAGCGGCCGCGUGAGCUGCGAGCCCAAACCCAAGCCAAGGCCCGUAAGCCUGCGCCACGCCAUCGCCACUGUCGUAAUCACCGGAGUUGUCUGUGGAAUUGUGUGUCUAAUGAUGCUGGCAGCUGCUGUUUAUGGUUGUGCUUAUGCUGCAAUUACUGCUAAAUACCACAAAGAACAUUUGGCCCCGGUCAGACAGCAUGGGACUCCAGAGGAAAAAGAGCCAUUUGAUAGUUCCUUGGCUUGA